UUACAUAGCAAAAGGUGUGGCUGUAAUGGACAUGAAAAGCUACAUGCCAGAUAGCAGUGCCUUAUUAAAGCUGAUACAUAGUUGUUCUGUUAUUUUUGCUUCUGUGGAAUUUGUUGCUAUACUUAAAUACAAAAGGAUUUCUGAGGAAAGAAGAAUGGUACAAUAGAACAGUCAAGCACUUGCUCCGAAUAAGUGAUUGAGAAAUGGUUCGGAUCUGCUUUUCCGUGUGAGUGUGGGGUGGCUGGAGCCAACAUUUAACAAUGAGUGGUGCAGCACUGGGCCUCGAGAUAGUGUUUGUCUUUUUCCUGGCCUUAUUCCUACUUCACCGGUAUGGAGACUUCAAGAAACAGCAUAGGCUGGUGAUUGUGGCAACAUUAUUGGCAUGGUAUCUCUGCUUCCUGAUUGUAUUCAUACUGCCUCUGGAUGUCAGUACGACUAUUUAUAAUCGAUGCAAACUUGCGGUUAACUCCAGUCCUGCAGAAGGUAAUGGCUCUUACGUUACUCUUGCUCCAAGCAAGCAAAAAUGUUUCAAACCCUGGAGUUAUAUUCCUGAUGGAAUUAUGCCAAUUUUCUGGCGUGUUGUAUAUUGGACAUCUCAGUUUUUAACAUGGAUUCUGCUACCUUUCAUGCAGUCAUAUGCUAGAUCAGGAGGGUUCUCUAUCACUGGAAAGAUUAAAACUGCUUUGAUUGAAAAUGCCAUCUAUUAUGGCACUUACUUGCUGAUUUUUGGAGCAUUUCUGAUAUAUGUGGCUGUAAACCCAAACUUCAAUUUACAAUGGAACCAGCUUCAGACUAUUGGAAUAGCUGCUGCGAACACAUGGGGUCUGUUCCUUCUUGUGUUGCUUUUGGGUUAUGGUUUGGUGGAAAUCCCUCGUUCUCACUGGAAUGGGGCCAAGAGGGGUUAUCUGCUCAUGAAGACUUAUUUCAAAGCUGCCAAACUGAUGACUGAAAAAGCAGAUGCAGAAGAGAAUUUAGAGGAUAUAAUGGAGGAAGUCCGUAAAGUAAGUGAGAGUAUCAAAUAUAACCACCCCUUGAGGAAAUGUGUUGAUACAAUACUGAAAAAGUGCCCUACUGAGUACCAGGAAAGAAUGGGUAGGAACAUGGAUGAUUAUGAAGAUUUUGAUGAAAGACAGAACAGUUAUCCCAGUGAAAAAAGUUUGGCCAAACUUCACAAGCAGGUCAUCUAUUCAGUGCAGAGACAUCGUCGUACACAGGUCCAGUGGCAAAUUCUUUUGGAGCAAGCAUUUUACCUGGAAGAUGUGGCAAAAAAUGAAAGCAGUGCUACUCGACAGUUUGUUCAUACCUUUCAUUCCCAGGAACCAGAAAAUAAAAUUAUUCAGUAUUUCUACACACCAACAGUUGAGUGGUACUGGGAAUGCCUUCUCCGACCGUGGUUUUACAGAGUGCUUGCAGUUGUGCUGGCCACGUUCUCUGUAAUUGUUGUGUGGUCAGAGUGCACAUUUUUCAGCACAAAACCAGUUCUGUCGCUAUUUGCGGUUUUCAUACAGCUGGCAGAAAAGACAUACAAUUAUAUAUACAUAGAGAUGGCCUGUUUUCUUACCAUCUUUUUCCUAAGUAUCUGUGUUUACUCUACUGUCUUCAGGAUCCGUGUAUUUAACUAUUAUUACUUAGCUUCACAUCAUCAGACAGAUGCAUACAGUCUCCUUUUCAGUGGCAUGUUAUUUUGCCGUCUUACUCCACCAUUGUGCUUGAACUUUCUGGGCUUGACCCAUAUGGAUGCAACAAUCUCUCACAAAAAUACUCAACCAACUGCUUACACAUCUAUAAUGGGAUCCAUGAGAGUGCUGUCCUUCAUUGCAGAUGGAUUCUAUAUAUAUUACCCAAUGCUUGUUGUCAUUCUCUGUAUUGCUACAUACUUCAGUUUAGGAACUCGUUGUUUGAAUCUUUUGGGAUUCCAGCAGUUCAUGGGUGAUAGUGAAAUGACCUCUGAUUUGAUUGAUGAAGGAAAAGAACUAAUCAGAAGAGAGAAAAGAAAACGACAGCGGCAGGAGGAAGGUGAAAACAGAAGAAGGGAAUGGAAGGAGCGGUAUGGAAAUAGAGAUGAUUCUACCAGAAGCAGAGCUGUCCACACAGACCAGAAAGAAUCCAGCUUUUCAGAGACCAAUGCCAAUAGACCACUAUCAAAGUAUACCCGUUCAAAUGGUAGGACUGAAAGAGAUAGAAUAGAACUCCUCCAGGACGCAGAACCUUUGGAUUUUAAUGCAGACUCUGUUAAUGAUGACCCCCUUGAAUCGGACUCAGGAAGGUACCAGCCUGGUGGAAGAUACCUGUCAAUGUCUCGAAGCAAAAUAUUUGACGAUGUUUAAGCUCCUCAAAGCUAAAGAAUAUUCAGUGGAAAUCUAGCUCCUACUCAUUGCUUGCAAAAUACUGUAUUUGUGAUAUAUCACUGAAGCAUCAAAGACUCUUUUAAAAAAAACCAUGAAGGAACAACUCAUUUGGAAAUGCACGUGUAUGAUAACUUCAUCACCUGUGAUAGGAAUAUGCUUCUGCUACUGUAGAUACUGUUGUGCAUCAGUGUGGGCUUUUGUGUCAUGACCAAAAGGAGAAAACUAUUUGAAGUUAAUAGAUGGUAAACUCGUAAAUAUAUCUAGGACUCAACAUGAACAGUAACACUCUUAGUUUGGGGAAGAGAUUUGUUUGGAAUUUUUUAUUUUAAGCAAUGCUGUGAGAGCAUAUUGAUGCAUCCAAAGUGCGGUUUUACCAAUUACUAUAAUAAACACUUGCUAUAAUUUU